UGCUUAUACGCAUUCCGUAUCGUUACCGGCAUGCAAGGAGAGCACAUGGCACUCGAUAAACACAAAAGGCAUGUCGGUCGCUUCCAAGGAAACCUUCCCCAACCGUUGGAUCGAUAACGGUUCAGUGAGAAAAUUUGUUCGGGAAAAUUUGGCAGCAUUCCUCGCGCCAAUUCGGAUAUUUUUGUGAAAAUUGUUAUGUAAAAGAUUCACAAAGUGAAAACUAGAUCCCGUCUGCGGUCAUGGGAAAUACCGAGAGUAAUGUCACCAGCGGAGUCAAGAAACAGGCCGGAGUGUCCACCCAGGCUCUGUACAAGUUCGUCAAUCUGAAAGGUGGUGGUCUUUUGGUGGACAUGAUGAAAAGAGCAAUCCAAAACAAACAAUAUGCAGAAAUAGAUCAUGCGAUCAAAACGAAAGUCGAACCCUUCCUGUACAAUAAGGGCAAAGGGAAAUAUAUCCCAGUGGCCCAGUUGGUGCUGCUGAGGAACCGAGAACGACCUCGAUCCAAGCAGUUGCCAGAGAUUCGUGCCUUGGAAAACCCUGAAGAGGAUUUCGACAUUGACGCAGUAUGUCCGGACGUGACCGAGGGCGAAUACCAGAGGAAUCCAUCGGGGUACAGGGAGGUGUGCUGGAACAUCAAGGAACGAGGAGCAGUCGGCGAAACUAUUCUUCAUCUGUGCUUGCUGAACGCAACAUCUUUGCAUGCUGAUCUUGCCAAGCGCCUACUACGUUUCUACCCGAAGCUCAUCAACGAUAUCUACAUGUGCGAUGAAUAUUACGGGGAAAGUGUGCUCCACGUGGCAAUUGUCAACGAAGAUCCGGCCAUGGUUAAGUAUUUAUUGGACAGUGGUUCCGAUGUUGAUGAGAGGUGUUGCGGUACGUUCAUGUGUCCAGAGGACCAGAAGGCAACGCGAUACGAUUCUAUCGAAACGGAAAUCAUUUGCGUACUUCCCAUGACCAACUACGAUGGGUACGUGUACUGGGGCGAAUAUCCGUUGAGUUUUGCCGCUUGCUUAGGCCAGGAGGAAUGCUACCGGUUGGUGUUGGCUCGGGGAGCUGAUCCAGAUAAUCAGGACUCGAACGGAAACACCGUUUUGCACAUGUUGGUCAUCUACGAGAAAAUCUCAACAUUCGACAUGGCGUAUGAAGUCGGCUCAUCGCUGGACAUAAGAAACCUGCAGAAUUUGACGCCGUUGACUUUGGCAGCCAAGUUGGGUCGAGUUGAGAUGUUUUUCCACAUUAUGAACAUCGAACGAGAAAUCUACUGGCAGUUGGGAGCUAUCACUUGUGCGGCCUAUCCGCUUGCUUUGAUCGACACGAUCGACAUCGAAACAGGGAAUAUUAACAAAGAUUCAGCAUUAAAUUUAGUGGUAUUCGGCGACAAAGCGGAGCAUUUAGACCUACUAGAAGGUGUACUGAUUGAUUUGCUCAAGACCAAGUGGAACUCGUUCGUCAAAGACAAGUUCUAUCGCCAAUUCUUCGUGUUCUUUUGGUAUUUUUGCGUUUCACUAGUAAGCUUCACUCUGAGAAGGGGACCAAUGAAUUUGGAGGAUACGGCAGCCAACCGCACCACAACCAGCAUUACUUUGAAAAAUUUGACAUUUUCUGAUUCGACUAACGCAACAUUACCCACUUCACUGGCAGCGGAUGUGAACGAAAAAAUCGUUCAAUUUAUUGCUAACGAAACGUUGUUCGAUCCGGCAGUUAUGGAAGAAAACACUUUCUUUAAUUCUAAAUGUGCCACCAUGGCAUACGACACACUGCAGGAUAAGAUAAGGUUGGUUUCGGAGAUCAUCAUUCUCAUUGGAUCAUUUUUGUACCUAGUUGGAGCGUUGAGAGAAUUUCGAUUCUUGGGACGAAAAAUGUUCUUUGAGAAUUUGAUGAUUUCCCCUUCUCGGGUUAUGUUUCUUUUCUCGUGCUGCAUAAUGAUGAUCGUACCGUUUCUGAAGGUUCUUUGCCUGAUCGAGCUUGAAGAUCACGUUGCCGUGACGAUUAUGUUGACUACUGCUCCGUACUUUUUGUUCUUCUGUCGUGGUUUCAAAACCGUUGGACCGUUCGUUGUGAUGAUCUACCGCAUGGUGAUGGGAGACUUGCUGCGAUUCGUCGUCAUCUAUCUGGUGUUCGUGAUGGGAUUUUCCCAGGCCUACUACAUUGUGUUCUUGUCGUUCAAGGGUGAAGAGGAAGGCGAUGAAAACCCGAUGCCUUCUCCGAUGGAGUCGAUAGUGGCGAUGUUUUUGAUGUCGCUGACGAAUUUCGGCGACUACUACGGUGCACUGGAGAAAACCGAGCACGAGGGAUGCGCUAAGGUUCUUUUCGUCAUUUUCAUGGUCAUUGUGGCCGUCCUGUUGGUCAACUUGCUCAUCGCCAUGAUGGGUAACACCUACACCAUGAUUGCCGAAACGAAAAACGAAUGGCAACGGCAAUGGGCACGAAUCGUUCUGGUAGUGGAACGAGGAGUUCCUCCGAGCGAGCGACUCAAAAACUUCAUGAGCUACAGCCAACCCAUGUCGGACGGGAGACGAGCCCUCGUGUUGCGAUUGCAUAUGACGGACGAAGACAAGGAAGAGAUGAAGGAAAUCCUCGAGAUGAAACGUGUCCAUGAGCGCUUGAAGAAGAAACGUCAGGUGGAACGAGAAUUAAGAGCCGAGCAGCGACGACUAAUCAUGGAGAAAUAUGCAAACGUACCUUGAAUGGAAAUUCCGGAAACUUACGUUUCUAGCAAAAUACUUUGUUGAAUAGUCCAAUUGUUCAAUUUUUCAAAUACACUUUUAUUCUGAUUGUUUAGAAAGCAAGAA